CUAUUCAAAGAGCAAACCAAAAUGGAGGGCAGUUCUAUACUCCAUUCUUUCACUAACAUUUAUUUUGCCAUUUUUGCUUUGUUUUGCUUCAAGCUUUUAAUUAAGAUUUCCUUGGCUUUGCUGACCCAUUUCUAUAUUGUUAAAGGCAACAGAAAAGAGGCUGCCAGGAUAGCAGAAGAGAUCUAUGGAAUAGUCCCAGGCAGCUGGGCAGACCGAUCCCCUCUCCACGACGCUGCCUUCCAGGGACGCCUCCUGUCUUUGAAAACCUUGAUUGCACAGGGUUUCGACGUGAACCUGGUGACGACGGACCGCGUGUCGGCUCUCCACGAGGCCUGCCUGGGCGGCCACGUCGCCUGCGCGAAGGUGCUGCUGGAGAACGGCGCGCAGGUCAAUGCAGUCACCAUUGAUGGGAUCACUCCUCUGUUUAAUGCCUGCUGCAGUGGCAGCGUGGCCUGUGUCAACAUGCUGCUCGAAUUCGGAGCCAAGCCGCAGCUCAGGAACCACCUUGCGUCGCCCAUUCACGAAGCGGUCAAGAGAGGUCACAGGGAGUGCAUGGAGAUCCUUCUGGCCCAUGAGGUUGACAUUGACCAAGAAGACCUGCAGCACGGGACCCCGCUCUACGUGGCUUGCACCUACCAGAGGACAGACUGUGUCAAGAAGCUUUUGGAGCUAGGAGCCAAUGUGAACAUGGGGAAGCGAUUAGACACCCCCCUUCAUGCGGCAGCGAGAAAAUCCAGCGUGGAGGUAGUUGUCUUGCUGACAGACUAUGGAGCUAACCCGAAAUGCAGAAAUGCUGAACUCAGAUGUGCCCUGGAUCUUGCCGUACCCAACAGCAAAGUGGAGCAGGUCCUUCUGCUGCGGGAAGGUCCCGCCAGCCUUGCCCAGCUGUGCCGGUUGUGUAUCAGAAAGCAUCUGGGUCGGUCGUGCCUAUAUGCAGUCCAGAAGCUGCACCUACCUGAGCCACUUGAGAACUUUCUCCUUUAUCGAUAAGUCUGUGACUAUCUUUACCCUGGAAAAGAAAGAGGAACAAAUGGUUGUUUACUCCAAAACUAUUAUAUCAAAGAAAAAAAUCAAAGACAUCAUUUACUGUCUACUGUGGAUACCAAACAUUAGCUGCUACAUGACAGUGCAAAUUGAAAACACCUUUCACAGUGAAUGAUAUUAUGGGUACAGUUCCCUCACAGUCUAUUGCCACAUCCACUUAUGCCAGCCUGAGAAGUUGUAGUACAUGAACAACGCACUUGACAUGUUUGUAGAUGCACAUGCACACAUCCACCCACCCGCAGGCGCAUACAGAUUUCCCCUGCAUUUAGUGUUAUAUUUAUUCAUGCAGUAUCUGUGCAUCUUCCUUGUCUUGCCUAUCCAAUCUCACUGUCAAAAAUCAAGGUAGUGGCUGUUAUUCUUCCACUAGUGUGAGAAUGAAAGCCUCCAGUGCCCAACGUCAGCCAUAUAUAAUAUAUUGCACAUCUUUUGUUCGCAUCCUGCCAUCUCUCUCCCAUAGUCUAGUGGAGCCGCAGCAACCUCCAGCAGGCUCUGGCUGUCCAGCCACUGCACAUACCCUCGUCCUCAGCCCAGCUGCCCCCAACGCUAACACAUCUUGUCCUCUAAAGUGCAAGUGAUGUUACCAAAGCAGGUGGGGGUGGUUGGAGUAAGCCCACAAAAAUGUGUGAAAGUCUUAAAAAAACCUUCAUCUCUUCUAAAAAAAAUCCCUCCUAAGCUAUAUCACCUGAGAUCUGGCUGUGUUCAUUACACGAAUAAUUUUUCUUAGCUUAAUUCCAGGACGGAAUUGCAAAUGUUUUCAUAGGCACAGCAGGUCAGCUUUCAAGGUCUGUCCUUUGCAAGGUUUAAAGAAAAGCAAAGGAAUGCGUUGCUGCUCUUUUGAGAUUUGCAUGCUUUGAUGUUUCUCAAGAUAAGUCCUCAGACUGUAGAGCCAGAGAGAAGCAGGGCCCCUAAGGAUGAUUGUGCAUCACCCAAAUGUUCUCCUUGUUGGAUAUUGCUCACCAGGAGGAGAAGUUUGCAGGCUUGUCUGCUCCCUCGUCCCCUACUCGAGAGGUUUUCAUUACCUCCCUGGGAAAAGGGAUUUUUGAGGUCUUAUGACUUUGCCCAUUGUGGUAUUACUUUAAAUACUGUCAGGGUUAGUAGCCUGGACAAAGCAGAGUUAAAAACGUGCACCUCUUUGAGCUGAGAAAUGCGGAAUCCAGUGACUGGUGCAAUGCCUGCAUUGCUCUGUAAAGAUUUGUUUAUUUUUCCUGUGGAGGUUGUUCUGAGGGGAGAAAUGUUUCUUCAGACCUGAGUUUAGGCAAACUUCUGCCAUGAGACAGGUGAUGGUGUUUCACUAGUUGUAGUAAAUUGGGAAGUUGGAGAGUCUGUCUCCAUUUUGCUCAACUUCACAGGUUCCAGAGGCUGAUGACACAUUUUCAGGCUAUGAGAUGUAGCGGUUUCAUUACGACCUAUGCAUGCUGGUAUCAAUUUUCACUGCCCAUACAUCUUAAGGGAAUUGGCCUGCUGGAGCCUGAAUACGGGACUGGCUUCCAGCAGCCUUUGAGAUCCUGUCCCUGCUCCAGCAGCAGCCGCCUCUCUGGGUCGAUGCUAAUCCCUUAAUUUCACCAUGACAGUCUCCCUCUCUGAGACAUAGGUCUAACGUUUCCCGUACUUUCUUAUGAUUAAUUCAGCACAAAUAAGAUAAAUUGUGCUCCCAGCAGUUCAUGAGACUGGACCUGCAAUUUUACAGCAAAAAAUGAAUGUAGUUUUCAGUCUGUGUUUGCACAUAUUGAAUGCUAUCUGACAGCAAGAGCUAUUGCCCAUAAAGGUGUCAGUGACAUGAAUGACCUUGUAUAGUACAGUACAUCAUGAAUCUCAGAGACUUGAACUCUAAAUUCUCAAGGGCCUCUGAAAAUCAAAUACUAUCAAGAAAGAAAUGUCUAUAUUAAUCUGAUGUCAGCAGAUGUCUCUCAGUUUUAUCUUUACUGCCAGCUCACCUACUCUGUUUAUAAGGUGGCAGUCAGAAUACCAUCCGCUAUCUAAAUAGAGAGACAGAGCCUCAGCUGUGCGAGUUGUCAGACUUGCAUUGCAAUCAAGGGGCUAAAGCAAUUUAUGGAAUCUAUUUCGGCAUGUGUAAUACUGAAUUGAUUUUCUACUGUGAUCAUCAAUGAAAGCAGUAUUUCACUUGCAUAGGAUUUUAAAUUGAAAAAAAUGUAUCUCCAUUAAGGAAAUGCAAAGUCUAUUCAGCCUCUCAGGAAGGUUUAUGUUAAGAAGCAGCAGAUGCUGUCCUAUAUUUAUUGCUGAUAUUAGCUUCCCAUCAGAAAAUCACCUCACCUUUGCUUCCUCCUGGAGACAUCAUUCUUCCUGAAAUUCUGUAUAUCAGAGACUCUGGAGGGAACACAGCCUUAAUAAAUCAGAAGAGAAGCUCAGAAGUCCUGACAUUAAGAAGUUUCAUUAGAAACUUUACCUAGACUUUCUUGCUCUUAUUUCAAAUGAUUGAGUUACCCAUUUAAUUCUCAUUGACUGUGCUUUGUGUUGUAACAAUACACGGAAAUAUUACUGAGGAAAUAGCUGGAGGAGGUAUUUCAUUUUUUUGCAAAUAUGCCAUCUCAUGUGAGAAUAGGGAAAGACUGGGACAAUUUUCUAGGACGCUACUAAAUCUUGUUGGUGAUUUUUCAGAAUGAGUUUGAACAACAUCUGUCAGGUGCUUUUCCCCAGGCAGGAGAAGGGCUAACUAACCUCACAAGUUCUCCUUCCUCCAAAACAGGUGGUGUCUUCUCUGUCAUUCCAUGUUCAUUGACAGAAACCAGUUAUUUGGGUAACAUAUGGUUUUCCUGGCAACACAGACAUUUUUCUGUGCUGCAGCGUCCACUGCUAUACCACAUCCCUCUGACUUUACCCCCAACAAGUGCCAGUACUAUCUGCUUCAGUGAAGAGUGCUGCAUAUCUCAACAGGAAUGAUUACACAAUAUGCUGACUAUUGGAAAAGUUUUACGGAACCACAAACACUUACUGAUUCUGAGUACAGACACUGACUUGCAGUGUAAACAUGAGCUUGCACUAUGGAUGCUCGCUAGCCAUAAAGUCCCUGGUCCUGAGUGUAUUUUGCAGGAGUGGCUUAAAUAGGUUACUGAUGUGCAAUAUAAUCCCCAAAGGCUUCCUUUUAUCAUUCUCAAUCUGUUGGGCCACUUUUCAGUUUUCUUAUCCAUCUAUUAGGAGAGAUCCAGUGUGGUGGACUCAGAAAUGCCAGUGAUGAGGACCUCACAGAUCUCAACCUAAUUAGAUGUUGACUUCAAGCCAUCAUUCAUUACUCAGUGUAUGUCUAUCAUUGCUCGUGAUCCAAAGCAAAACAAAAUUAAAUGGACUUUGUAUCA